CGAAGCUCUAACCCUAACCCUAUAGCCCUCCAAUCCAAAAUAAAAAGAAAGAAGCUCCUAUAACCCUCUCUGUCCCGACCCACUAUCCGCCGCCGUCCACCCUCAAAUGGCCGCCGGCCAGUGAAGAAACAGAGACAGAGUGCAAAAAAGCGCGACUGGCCGGGAAGCAGAUCGGGGAGAGGACCAACAGCAGUAGCCGCUCAUCCCGUAUCGAUCGCCGCCGGGGGGAGGCAGGGUUGCACGGGGGUCGUCCGUAGGGGGAGGCAUAAUGGCCUUAGUAGGGUUGUCUCCGUGAUAAAUUUCACCUUUAUGGUCUUUUCAAACUCUCUCACACUUCAAAAUGGCUGUUCGCAUGUUUAGGACAAAAGUGGGUUCAUUUCAGCAUCAUGUACGUGGAUGUGUUGCUUUCAGCACGGAGCGACCAAAACUUGUUACAGUGGGAAUCGACUUUGGAUGCAAAAAUUCAAGAGUUGCAAUAAUAGACUCCUUGGUUCCACAUGUUGUUGACAGUGAAAUUGGCCGUUUCACACCAUCGUAUGUCACAUUUACACAACAGAAUUCAUAUCUACCAUAUAAAUGGAGUCUACAACACUUGGACCCUGUUGGUAACUGUGUUGCAGUUGGAGAACUGGCAAAGCGUAGAAUGUGGAGACAACCUUCAGAUGUUGUUUAUAACAUAAAAAGUUUGAUAGGAAAGCAAUUUCAGGAUCCCUCUGUCCAAGAAAUGAGGAGAAGGGUCCAUUUCAGCAUUAUUGAAGGACCUGGAGGAGAAGCUUGGGUGGGAAUUUGUGGAAUGGAGUUUUCUCCUGUUUGUAUCGCAACUGCAAUCUUCCAAAAACUGAAGCAUAUUGUUCUGAUGGACCAGUUUCAUGAUGAGCUGCAGGCAGUGAUAAGUGUGCCUGCUUUCUUUGAUGAACUGCAGAAGGAGCACAUAAAGUCAGCUGCACACAGAGCAGGCUUCAAGCUAUUGCAACUAAUAGAUGAACCAAUAGCUGCUGCGCUUUCUAGCAUAACAACUGAAGAUGGUAUUGUUGUUGUUUUUGGCAUGGGUGCCGGGUCUUAUAGUGUCACAAUCCUUCGUGUGUCUCCUGACAGAAAAAUUGAGAUCAGAACUCAAUUUGCUGACACCUCUGUCGGUGGGGAUCAGUUUGAUGACAAACUCGUGGAUUUUAUUGGUCGACAAAUACUUGAAGGUCAUUCAGUUGACAUUCGUGGAGAUAUAUAUGCUAUGAAAAUGGUUGCAGAAGCGGUGGAGCAAGCUAAGGUUGAAUUAUCAAGCAAGCCUGCGGUUACAGUUUCAGUCCCUUCCUUCAGCACAUCUGUCCCAGGACCUGUUGAUCUUAACAUUAAAAUUUCUCGCCCGCUGUUUGAGAAGUUGGUCAAGGACUUGCUAGGACAAAUUAAAGUCAAGUGUCAGAGUAUUUUGGAAGAUGCUAAGGUAUCUACCGAGGAUAUCAAGGAAAUCGUAUUGUUUGGGGGGAUGACCAGAGUUCCGAAGAUACAGGGAAUCAUUUGUGAAGUCUUUGGUCAGAACCUGAACACUAAGGUGAACCCUGAAGAAGCUGUUGUUGUAGGAUCUGCGAUUCAAGCUGCUCUCAUUCUAGAAGAUGAACAAGAGAUUAGUGAUGAUAUGAUUCCGCUCUCUAUUGGAUUUGAGUCCUCAAAAGGAAUUUUUACCAAAGUGAUUCCAAGACACAGCACCCUUCCAAUAAAACGGACAGUAAAGAUUCCUACUUGGUUGGAUUAUGGCGAGCGCAAGUGUAUCAGAAUAUUUUUCGGGGAGCAUGUGAUGGUUCAGCAUAAUAUCCUAUUGGGUGAGACACAGGUAAUCAAUAAUAGAGGCUCAUUUCAAGGUUGUGUUUAUUUUGAACUGACAUUGGAAGUUGACAAGGAUUAUGUGGUUAAAGUGAGAUGUGCUGGUGAUGAAGUGCCGUUGUCUUUCCCCAUAAACCCAAAGGACAGAUUGAAAGAGAACGUGGACAAGGCUGUCAAAAGGGCUCUACUUGACUGGACAAUGACCGGUACAGAAAUCCGUGCUAGGUUAGGAAAUCUGUCAAAGCAUACAAUGAAUACCCUUGACGAUGUCUUGUCUGUGAGGAAGGAUGAACUUCCAGAAGACCUUUGUAAGGAAGCAUUGAAUGCAUUGGCUGAUUUGCAGAAAUUGUUGGAUGGAGAUCUCGAGAUGUUGAAGGCCAAGAUGCUCUCUGCUAAGUCAGUGGAAUCAAAAAUUCUAAACUGGCUGCCACCAUCAGAAUUGCGCGACAGUGACCAUGAAGAUUAUGAAUAUAGAGAUGCGUAGAAGGGACGGUCCGCGCAUGCUGCCUUUUGUCCUAUCUUUGUUUCUAACAACCCUUUGUUGGGGUAGGAUAUGUUAAUGAAAUUUGCUUAGUCCAUGUGGGCUAGCACUUCUAUGCUUAGUAACCAUAUGAACAGUGUUUUAAUUGUGCUUAGUAGACGCCGAGGUAUCGAUUGCAAGAUGUUUAUGUAAGUAUAUUUAAGUGGUACUCCCUCCGUCCGGAAAUACUUGCCAUGAAAAUGAAUAAAAGAUGAUGUAUCUAGAUGUAUUUUAGUUCUAGAUACAUCCCUUUUUGUCCAUUUUGAUGACAAGUAUUUUCGGACGGAGGGAGUAUAUCUUAGUUUGUGGGCCUGAUCACACGGUGUUGGUAACA